UAAAAAAAGGAAAAAAAAACAGAAACGAAAACGAAAAGACGAGAAACGCAGAGUCUGGUUUUUGAGAAACAAUCCUGAAAACCCGCCGCUCUAUCCCCUGAAACGGCUAAUACUCGUUCUCCGUCACUGCGCCUGGCCGGAGCAGAAAGCUUUUUGGGUGCGCAGGUUAAGACUCUAUGCGCCUCUAACUCACACACCCACACACACACACACACCUAUGGGCUCCACUUCCGCCAUCUCCUUCUUCUCCAAUCCCAAGAUUUUGCUGCGGUCCAAUCAGCACAGCCAGAGAGUGCAACUUAAAGUGUUACGCGGUGCUUGCUUGGGCUAUUCUGGACAUGGUGCCGUAUUGAAUGCUAAUUUCUUGCUGAGAAGAAAAUGCCUGAGAUUUAGAGCUUUCGAGGUGAAAGCAGCUGCUUCUUCUGGUGGUUCCAGGAGGUCUAGUACUGGUCGGAGAGUUUAUAGGCAGUCUCAAAGCGAGAGCUCAUUGUCUCUUGCUCCGGUGAAGCAGUUUGCUUCUUCUGUUUUGCCCGCCGGCUUGUUGUUGGUGGUCACUUUUGUUUUGUGGAAAUUGGUGGACAAACUCCUUGUUCCGAAGCCGCAGAGGUCUUCGACUGUAGAAAAUAAAACUCCUGUGGAAGGAGCAAAAUGGUCUUUCGCUGUGGGUACGAAUUUGCUAUCAGGUAUUGGUGCAAAGGUUGAAAGAGAGUCCAAGCAGAAGCUCAACGAAUUUGCCAAGGAAUUAAGGUCAUUCAGAAGUGUUGACAUGUCAGGACGCAAUUUUGGUGAUGAGGGACUAUUUUUUCUGGCUGAGAGUUUAGGAUACAAUCAGACCCUUGAAGAAGUAAGUUUUGCUUCAAACGGAAUAACAGCAACUGGCCUGAAGGCAUUUGAUGGUAUUCUUCAAUCAAACUUCAUGUUAAAGACUCUUGAUCUUUCUGGAAACCCUAUUGGAGAUGAAGGAGUUAAGUGCCUAUGUGAUAUAUUGGUAAAUAAUACUGGUAUUCAACAGCUUCGGCUGAACAGUACCGAUUUGGGAGAUGAGGGUGCAAAGGCUAUUGCAGAAAUGUUGAAGCAAAAUUCAAGCUUACUUGGCCUUGAACUUAACAACAAUAGCAUUGACUAUUCUGGAUUUACAAGUCUUGCUGGAGCCCUUCUCGAGAAUAAAAUAUUACAAAGAUUGUAUCUCGUAUUCUGUUGUUGUUGUUGUUGUUUAAGUAACAAUUAUGGAGGUGCUCUGGGAGCUAAUGCUUUGGCUAAGGGGCUUGAAGGGAACAAAUCUUUAAGGGUACUUAAUUUGCAAGGUAAUUCUAUUGGAGAUGAAGGAGUUCGUGCAUUGAUUUCUGGUUUAUCUCCACGUAAAGAUAGCCUUACACAGCUAGAUAUUGGCAACAACUUGAUUAGUGCAAAAGGUGCCUUUCAUGUUGCUGAGUAUAUCAAGAAGGCUAAGAACAUGUUAUUAUUCAACAUCUCCAUGAAUGACAUAGGUGAUGAGGGAGCUGAAAAAAUUGGAGAUGCAUUGAAGGAAAACCGGAGCAUCACAAACAUAGAACUGGUAGGAAUUAACAUCAAGGUUAAGGGAGUCACUGCUAUAGCUGAAGCAUUGAAAGAUAACUCUGUCAUUACAUAUUUGGAUCUUAACUAUAAUGCUUUUGGACCAGAUGGAGCAAAGGCUUUAUCUGAAGUUCUUAAGUUCCAUGGAAAGAUAGAAACCCUUAAGCUUGGCUGGUGCCAGAUAGGGCCAAAGGGUGCAGAGUUCUUUGCUGAUAUGCUGAAAUAUAAUACCACCAUAUCCUUUCUGGAUUUGAAGGGAAACGGACUAAGAGAUGAAGGUGCAGUCUGCUUGGCUCGCAGCUUAAAAAUAGUUAAUGAAGCUUUAACUUCAUUGGAUCUGGGAUACAAUGAGAUAAGGGAUGAUGGGGCUUUUGCCAUUGCUCAAGCACUAAAGGCUAACGAAGAUGUAAAAAUCACGGCUCUCAACCUUUCCAAUAACUUCCUGACGAAAUUUGGACAGAGUGCUUUGAUAGAUGCAAGAGAUCAUGUAUAUGAGAUGAGUGAAAAGGAAGUCGAGAUUUUUGUCUAAAAAGCUUCUCUUUGUGGAGAAGAGUUGUAGCAAAAAAACUCCAAUCUGGGAAAGGACGCAAAGUUGCAGCAGAAAUUCAGUGUCCAUAUUCGAAAGCCAAAAACAGAAGAGUGAUGAGAGUGAGUGAAUGAAUGAGUGGUGGAUAAUAUUGUAAUUCCAAAUAGGGACGAAAAAGCUCUAUAAAUAAAGGGGCCUCUGUACCCAUUCUGCAGCCACCUGUAGAAGACGUCCUCUGUCCUAGCUCCUUCUGUUCCAUCUCUCUCCGCUAUUACCUUCCUUCUCUCAUUCCUCUAAUGGCUAUACGCUUGCUUCUUCUAAUGGCACUUCUUCUCAUUUGCCUAGCCCAGGUUUCACCAGACUCCAAGAUUGAAGACCAAGAAACCCAUGUGGUAGUCAGAGGAACAAACAGAAGGCUUUUUCCAUUCUUGGACUGUGGAGGAUUAUGCAAGAGGAGGUGUAGUUUGCAUUCAAGGCCAAACGUGUGCAUCAGAGCAUGUGGAACUUGCUGUAUUAGAUGCAAGUGUGUUCCUCCAGGAACGGCUGGCAACAGAGAAAUGUGUGGGAGGUGUUACACUGAUAUGACCACCCAUGGCAACAGGACCAAAUGCCCUUAAAGUUGAACCAUAUCCAACCAAACCCUCACAUCACAUGGCCUCCCACAUCACUUGAAACUAGAUUCUCUUUUUCUACAUCUACAUUAAGGAGAGAAACUAUAUAUAAAAUGUAAAAAACACCCAAGUGUGUCUAGGCUGUGAUUAUUUUGUUUUAUUAUAUAUGUAUGUGCUUGUGUGUUUUGAACUUUUUGAUGUUGAAGAUGGUGUAACUUCGGAAAAGAGCAUUCUGAGUUUCUAUAUAUUUCAACUGUUUUGAUGAACAA